AAAGAGGGCUUAAAAAUAAGCUCCACCCCAAAGUGGAACUUACUUUGAAGGAAGUCACACGUCUGAGUUGUCAGACAACCAAAGGAAGCCGAGCAAAUGGCACUUCACUGGAACCUAAAUCAUUCUCUAAAUGAAAAGCUGACAUUCUGUCUGCUGGCCCUGCUAUGGCACUUUGCUGCCAAGAUAGAUGCUGCUGUGAUUAGGCUCAAAGGAGAGGUUGGAGGAGAAGUGAUCUUUCGCUGCCCGGUUGAACGAAGGGAUAUUCAACAUCUGUUCUUGCAGAAGGACCUUUCUUUAGUGAAUGGCUACUAUAAAGAAAAAGUCCUACCUAGCACAUGGCCGAACACAAAGAUGGAUAAGGAAACAAUGACUGUGCACAUGAACAGUUUGAACGUUUCGCACGAAGGGAACUAUGACUGUUUGAUCGAAUACACCGACACUCAUGAAACUCUUCCAACAGUUAUACACCUCAGUAUCACAGCAAACUUCAGUGUGCCGGCAUACACAGUGCUCCACCAGGAUGAAACCCAUUGGCUAGUGACGUGUUCAUCUCAUGGCGGCUACCCGACCUCUACGAUGAUCUGGAACACAGAUGGGAGUGAGAUGGUGAAAGUUGUUAACAGCAGUGAAAUGACUGAUCCUAUCACCUUGACAAGCAACAUCUCCAGUACUGCUCUCUUCAACUGCUCCAAGGGAGAGAUGAAGUCAAUCAGCUGCUCUGUAGGGAGCGUCACAUCACCACUGUUCUCUGUCUGUGUGGAUCAGGAGACACACCUGUGAGCAAUCAGCACUAUUACUAAUACCUGGUCCUCCUGCCACCUCAGUGCCGGAUUGAUCCUUCGCCACGGUGAUCCUCCUGCUUACCAGUUCUUCACCAGGCGUCUUGGAGCCGGCUUCUUGGUUUUUUGGUUUUCUUCAGUUUUUUCCACAAUAAAUUGAACUGUUCAAUUUG